AUGAAGAGAAAGUUUGUGGCAGUGGAAGAAGAUAGCUUGGAUAAUCAUGGAGUCGCAUGGUGGAGAGGGCCGCUGCUCGGCAAAGGAGGUUCUGGGUCUGUUUAUCUCGCCUAUUUGAAGAAACCCAAAUCAAGAAACGCGUUUUAUCGGCGUGUUAUGGCUGUUAAAUCGGCGGAGUUCUCUUCAUCAAGUUCGCUUCAGAAGGAGAAAGAGGUUUUCAACCAUCUUCAUGACUGUCCUUACAUUCUUGAGUGUUAUGGUGAAGAAACUACUGUGAGUAAGAAUGGACAGAUGGUUUACAAUCUGUUGCUGGAGUAUGCUUCUGGAGGAACCCUAGCUGAUCUUAUAAGGAGAUCGGGUGGCUGUGGAUUGCCUGAAUCGGAUGUGAAGAAAUACACAAGGUUUAUUCUUAAAGGCAUUGAUUAUAUCCAUAGCCAUAAUUAUGUUCAUCGUGAUUUGAAGCCAGAGAAUGUGUUGCUUGUGCCAUGUGGGAGUGGUGACUUUGUCCCAAAGAUUGCGGAUUUUGGGUUAGCGAAGAAAGUUCAGAAUACAAAGAGGAGAAUGUUUGAUUCAUCUAUUGCAGGGACUAUUUUGUAUAUGGCACCAGAGACUCUGGUGCAUAAUGUUCAGGAAUCUGGCUCUGAUAUUUGGGCACUUGGAUGCAUAGUUUAUGAGAUGUUUACUGGGAAACCACUUUGGGGUUUGAACCCUGAUGAGUCAACUGAAGAACUCUGCAAAAGGAUUGCUGAUAGAUUAGAAUUACCUGACGUUCCAUCUGGGAUAUCAAAGGAUGGGAGUGAUUUCUUGAAAGGAUGCCUAGUGAAGAAUCAUAAGUUCAGAUUCAGUGUUGAGAUGUUAUUGAAUCAUCCAUUUGUAUCAGGAAUAGAUGACACAGCUUCAAGAGUCCAAGGAAGUAGUACUCUAAAUCUCUCUAUCACUGACAAAGGAAUUGAAGAUGUCGUUUUCAUAUUGGCCAAUGAAGCUGGAUUGGAGGCAAUUCUGCUUGCUCGUGUGAUGAAAGCUAAUGCUACGGAAGCUUCAAAGCCAGGACUUGCUAACUCCAUUUUAACCAAUUAUCUACUAAAAGAAAUCGGAAGACACGCAGCCGCCGCCCCACCGCAUCCCAUUUCUUUUGGCCCUGCAUCCCUCGCCGUCGCCGCUGCUGCUUCUCCUCAGUCACGCUGGUGUCUCGCCGCUGCAGCUCUUCUAUUGUAG